CUGUGUUCGGAUAAAAGUUUAUUUUGCCAAGUCAAUUUGGAUGGUCCCGCCUACACCAGUUCAGAUACCUGCCCUCCCCAUCUUAUUAGGGUUUCUGAAUCGGGAGGAAAACUAUCCCUCUAUUGGUAACAGGUUUUACAUCUUCGAUUUCUGGCGACGCACACAAUCCCUCUAUUUGCAACAGAUAUUUACUUUUUUCCUGUACAUUUUUCUGUUCAAAAGGGUAAUCGUUGGUAAUCACACAAGGAAAGUUUGAAAGAGAUGCCGUAGCAAGGCGGACAAAUAGAGGGUAUUGUUCAAACUUGGACGUCGUCAAAUUGGACAAUCUUGACUCUUUGAGGUAAUGCUCCUUUUAACUCUGUCACUUCAAGAUUAUGCCAUUGCUUGUACAAAAUCAUUAAAAUAAAGAAGAUGAAGGAACAGGUUUGUUCAAUUUGACCCGCCGCUCCAAAGCUAUAUUUGUCUUCCCAGUCCUUUAAUUCGACAACUUAGAUAUGUCCACUUGAAGAAAUAAAGAUCAAGCCCAAAAAUUUAAAUCUGCCCAACUUUGUCAUUAGCACUGAUUGGAGAUUUCAACAAUUGGAACCCUAAUGUAGAUAUUAUGAGCCGGAAUGAGUUUGGCGUUUGGGAGAUCUUUUGGCCUAAUAAUGUUGAUGGUUCACCACCAAUUCCCCAUGGUUCUCAAGUGAAGAUUCGUAUGGAAACUCCAUCUGGGAUUAAGGGCUCCAUUCCUGCUUGAAUCAAGUUCUCUGUUCAAGCACUAGGUGAAAUCUCAUACAAUGGAAUAUACUAUGAUCUGCCAGAAGAGGUAUCAUGUGACAUACUUUUUUUGCACCAAGCAGCCAUUUUGGAACCUCUGAUGAUCUUAAGUCACCGAUAGAUAGGGCUCACGAGUUGGGUCUACUUGUUCUUAUGGAUGUUGUGCACAGGCAUGCAUCUAAUAAUAUGUUAGAUGGAUUGAACAUGUUUGAUGGAACUGAUGCUCGUUACUUCCACUCAGGGUCAAAGGGUCACCACUGGAUGUGGGAUUCUCACCAUUUUAAUUAUGGAAGCUUUGUACUAAGGUUUCUUCUUUCAAAUGCAAGAUGGUGGCUAGAAGAAUACAAGUUUGAUGGGUUCAGAUUUGAUGAUGAGACUUCAAUGAUGUACACCCAUCAUGGGUUACAAGUAAUAUCUGAGUAUCAUGUGACAAACUUCUUUGCACCAAGCAGCCGUUUUGGAACCUCUGAUGAUCUUAACUCACUAAUAGAUAGGGCUCAAGAGUUGGGUCUACUUGUUCUUAUGGAUAUUGUGCACAGAUUCAUAUGGAAACUCCAUCUAGGAUUAAGGGCUUCAUUCCUGCUUGGAUCAAGUUCUCUUUUCAAGCACCAGGUGAAAUCCCAUACAACGAAAUAUACUAUGAUCUGCCAGAAGAGAGAUGAUGUGCUUCCCCGCAUUAAAGGACUUGGAUAUAAUGCUGUUCAAAUCAUGGCAAUUCAAGAACACUCAUAUUUUGCUAAAUUUGGCCAUGCAUCUAAUAAUGUGUUAGAUGGAUUGAAGAUGUUUGAUGGAACCGAUGCUUGUUACUUCCACUCGGGGUCAAAGGGUCACCAUUGGAUGUGGGAUUCUCACCUUUUUAAUUAUGGAAGCGGGUACUAAGGUUUCUUCUUUCAAAUGCAAGAUGGUGGCUGGAAGGGUACAAGUUUGAUGGGUUUAGAUUUGAUGGUGUGACUUCUAUGAUGUACACCCAUCAAGGGUUGCAGGUAAUAUCCGAGUAAGUUUGCAGAUUUUCUAUUUUGCUUGGUGUUAUAUAAUAAGUUACCUGCAUGUUCAGAUGUUAAUUAUCAAAGUUUUGACUUUGUGUUAUAUAGAGAAGUAGAACUGAUGUAACUUUUGGUUCUUAUAAGUGGUGAAGCAUCAUUUCUCUAUGUUUGUUUUUUAACUAAAUUCUCUUGAUGACCAAAGGGUGUCAAUGUCAUUGCAUCUUUAUAAUAUAUUAUCCCGGCUUAACCUUUGUUUUCUUGAACUUGCUGUGGGUAGCAUUUACCGGAAACUACAAUGAGUACUGUAGAUAUGCAACUGAUGUAGAUGCUGCUGUCUAUCUGAUGCUAGUUAAUCAUAUGAUUCAUGGGCUAUAUCCUGAGGCUGCCACCAUUGGUGAAGAUGUAUGUUCUAUAACUCUUCUUUGAGUCACAUUAAGCAUCCUUCGACUUAUAGUCAUUUAUCUGUUCCAGAAUUAUGAUGUCCGCUCUAAGUCCCCUGUCUCUUCUAUAACAACAUUUAUUGCGCUGGGUUGCGUAAAUGGAAUGGGGUUUCAAUAGUUUUUUACAUGAUCCAUGAGGAUGCUAAGUGUAGAAAUUGUUUUGAAAAAGUUUGCACACAUGUACUUGUGUGUGUGUAAGCCUACCAAACAUAUGUGUAUUGUACAUGUUUUUCUAAUUCUCUACUGCUUCAUCACUUCUCUUCAUGCAUCAAUUGAAUCCAUAUGCCAUGAAUAAGUAGGUUACCCUGCUAGUAGUUAAGUGUUUUGAUAUUGUAGAAUGAACUAAAGAAUUGUUAAAAAUGCUUGUUGUAAAUUGAACUAAUUUUUAUUGUAGACCAAGAGUUAUGGAAACAUAGCAACUAAAGAUGCCAAAAAUGAAAAUUCCAAAAACACUUGAAGGGAA